GAGCUUCGCACUGCAGCCGGAGCGCCCGGUGCGUGCUGCAAAAUCUGAAGGAGAAGCGAGAAGAAAGAGGGGAGAAAAAAAAUCGAGAAGGGGAUCAGGGGACUUAGCAGCCCUCUCCACUCAUGGAUCAUAAGGAUAUCUAGACAUUCGCCCUCGGGAGCGCACAGACACCACAGUCCAUGCCUCUGCCUUGCCGGGUCAUUGAUGGGAAACCAACUGGAUCGGAUCACCCACCUCAACUACAGCGAGCUGCCCACGGGGGAUCCGUCCGGGCUGGAGAAGGACGAGCUUCGGGUCGGCGUCGCUUACUUCUUCUCUGACGAAGAGGAGGAGGUGGACGAUCGCACUCCGUCCGACUGCGGCUUCACCAAGGACCACAGCCCCGUCGAGGAGGGACCCUUCUCCCUCAGUGAGGUGGAGUACUCAGCAUUCUGCUCCCAGGAAUGCAUCUUCUCAAAGCUGCGGGAAAACGAGGACCUGAACGUGUACUCGGCCAAAACUUUGCUGACUAUGUGCAAGCCGGGGGACCUUCUGGAGCUGGUGGCCACUGCGCAAGCCCCCCACUGGGUCAUCUACCAGCAUGAGGACCAGAUCAUCCACCUGCACAAGGGAGAAAUCCGCAGGGACAGUUUGUUGGAGAUCAGCAACGGCCGACAUGGAAGAAUAGUCAACAAUCGGUACCGAUUCAGACCGCUUCCCUCGGACCUGGUGAUGCAGAACGCUUCUGGACACUUGGGCCUGAGAAGCGAGGAGAUUUGUUGGACCAAUUCAGAAAGUUUCGCUGCCUGGUGCCGCUUUGGGAAACGGGAGUUCAAAUCAGGCGGGGAGGCGCACUCUGCGGAGCAGCAGUAUUUCCUCAAAGUGCACCUGUCCGGCAGCGGGGUGCACACGCUGGUUUUUCGGAGCCUAGAGGACAUGAUCCGGGAGCGGCGGAGAGUGGACGCCAGUGGAAUUCUUAAAGAGCUCUCUAUGGUGAACGGAAGCAAAGACUGAUCAGGAUUUCCAUUUGUUAUCCUCCUCCCCCUGUCACCAAAGCGCAUGGACGCACGCUUUGGCACACAGACAAACAGUAGCCCCCCAACCCACACACACACGCACACAAUAAUGCUCCGUCAGACGCGCACACAUGAAUAAAUGACCUGUUGUUUUGGGACUAGCUGAUUGUUCACAACGGACUCGGACGCACUGUGGAUUUUCCGAUAUGAAUAAGAAAACCGAGAAAUGAUGGAGCGCGGCCAUAUAAACAGACAACGCCCCACAUGGUUAGGAGUCGCGCACACGGUUUCCAAUGAACUCCUUUCACCCAGAAAAGGUUGAAUCACAUGUAAACAGCACACCAGACUCGGUUUUAUUAUGUGGAAAAAUGGAUCUGGCUCUUUUCUUCACUGCAGCAGCAGAGCAGACCGGAUGAGAAUGGGAUUUGGGUGUAGAUGGGAUCUGGGGAUGUCUCUCGGAGUUCUCCCUUCUAUUUUUUUACUGUUACGACCAGGACAGACUCCCCACGACACAGACCCGAGCCCCUUAAUGAUUCAUAGACCUCUGACCGCCUCAGCUGGUUGCAGCAGUUGCCUAAACAAAGCGUCUUGGCUUGACCAAGCUCCUCUUUUUGCCAUAUUGUUCUCUCCACAAUGCUGUCAUCUCGCUCACAGCACUGGAUGUAUGUGUAAAUUGUAUUCAUACAUUGAUUUGAAAAUUUGAGUCCGUUAUUUUUGUAUUUAAGUUUAGUGGAUUUAUCUCCUUUUUUGGUUCAAAUAAAUGAAGAUUGAAAUAUGUAAAAAAAAAAAGAACCUG